AUGGGUAUUAAUAGGAAAGGAUCAACCAACCGACACUCUUUACAAUCCCUAACACCCAUCUUCGUGGCUACUCAUCCCCGUUCAUGCUCGACUGCUUUCGAAAGAGUGUUCAUGACUCAACGCGACGCCCUCCAUUGCAUCCACGAACCAUUUGGUGAUGCCUUCUAUUAUGGUCCGGAGAGACUAAGUUCGAGAUACGAAAAUGAUGAGAAGGCCAGGCUCGACAGUGGCUUUGCCCAGUCGACCUUUCGCACAGUCCUGGACAGAAUUGAGAAAGAGGGUGCCGAGGUCCGAAACACCCCUUCUAGUGUAGCUUCGUUCUCUGCAGCACCCUUCUUCGUUGCACAGUACUGCAAGGAGAUGUGGUGUUUUCAUACAGCAAUCCUUGAAGUCUUUGGCAAUCCCUUUAUUCUUAACAUCCAUGCCUCAGCAGCUGUCUUCGCUGCCCUAUCUUGGGAUCCGUCCCUCGGCAAGCGUAUCUUCAUCAAGGACAUCAUACAUUAUCUCGUCCCUCCGAAUGGUGCACCACCGUCGAUCGCUCCUUCUUUGGCCAGAAAGGAACGAGGCAUUGGUACGUUCGAGCCUCACUCCAAUGAUGUGGCCAGCGUUGCGCCGCUUGCUCCUAAUUCGUACGCUACUGAACCCGAGCUUCGAAACCCAACGGUAGUUCCAAGCGAAAUGUUAGGCCAAUUCCAUUUUACCUUCCUCAUCCGCCAUCCACGCUACAGCAUUCCUUCUUACUAUCGUUGCACUGUUCCACCACUUGAUGAAGUCACUGGAUUCCACAAUUUCAUGCCUUCCGAGGCCGGUUAUGACGAGCUUCGGCGCGUCUUUGACUUUCUGCGUAGUGUUGGUCAGGUGGGCCCUGAGAUUGCAUCUCAGAACAUCCAUGUGAAUGGAAGCACGAACGGUAAUGCCAACAGAGUGGACAUCUGCGUUGUCGAUGCAGAUGAUCUACUCGAUAAUCCAGCCGGGAUCAUUGCAGCUUAUUGUAAGAGUGUGGGAAUCGCGUACCACGAGCAGAUGCUCAGUUGGGACUCCGAGGAGGACCAAAAGCAAGCCAAGGAUGCCUUUGAGAAAUGGAAGGGCUUUCACGAGGAUGCCAUGAACAGCUGCGAUCUUAAACCGCGGAAAUACAAGAAGAAAGCAAAGAGCGAUGAAGAAGAAGACCGCGAGUGGGUCCAGAAGUUUGGAACGGAAGGAGCGAAGGUCAUCCGGCAGACGGUCAAUGCAAACUUCAAGGACUACGAAUACCUCAAGCAGUUCGCCUUGACAGCCUGA